CUCGGAAGCCCCAAGCGAGGCGGCCGCGGGCUGCCGCCUCACGGCGCAACGGCCGCGGCCAGGGCGGGCGGGGGGCGGCUCCUGUCAGCCCUCCCCGGGGAGCCGCGCCUGCCGCCGCGUGGGGCGCGGCGAGAAACUGCUGCGGUGCCGUCCUGCCGCUGAAAAAUACGGGGGUACCGACCGCUCCCAGAAGCAAACGUAGGCUGGAGGAUUUUUACCGAAUUUAUAGCUUCUGUUUGAGGAAGGUCUGUAUCGUUGUGACAGCGGCUACGGUACCUCAGCGUGGAAACGCCUUCCUGAAAGCGGACUCGAAACUGGGAACGCUGACAGACCUGACAGGCACCCAGCGGCCCGACUCUUCAAGGAAACAAAUCUCGUUUAGCUAACAAUGGCACCUACACUGAAUCUGAAAGAACCCACUGGCAACCAAAGUUCAUGGGAAACUUUGCUACCAGAUUUCCCUAAAGGACCACUUUGCAAAUAUCGUAAAAAAGCUUCCUUUAACUGGAAGGAGAUGGCAGUAUUACUAGAUGGUGAAGAUAUCAUCCAGCUUAAGAACAGAAUCUUCUCUGCUCUGGAAAGUGAUCCUCUCUUUGCACAUCGUCCUGGAGAAGAUUUGUGCCGUGAGAAAUAUCAGGAGCUGACAUUCCUGCGCUGUAAAAGGCUCUUUGAGUAUGAUUUUCUUACUCAGCAAGAGAUCAUAGAGAACCCAUUAAAGAUAUUUAAUAUGGUCAUCUGUAUAGGAAUGUACGAUUGGUCUCCAUGUCUCCAGUAUUUCUUACAUUGCGGUGUAUUUGCAGGUACAAUUUUGAGUGCUUCUAAGAGGUUUGCAGACUUCGUGAAACAGGUUUAUAGCAUGGAGAUUUUUGGAUGUUUUGCUCUGACAGAACUCAGCCAUGGAACUAAUACCAAAGGCAUACGGACUACUGCCACAUUUGAUCAUAACACUCAGGAAUUUAUCAUCAAUACUCCUGACUUUGAAGCUGCAAAGUUCUGGGUUGGUAAUAUGGGGAAACAUGCCACUCAUGCAGUUGUGUAUGCCCAGCUCUAUACUCCUGACGGACAGUGCCAAGGAUUACAUUCCUUUAUUGUACAGAUUCGAGAUACAAAAACUCUCCUGCCAGUGCCAGGUGUGAUGGUAGGUGACAUAGGAAAGAAACUUGGGCAGAAUGGGUUGGAUAAUGGAUUUGCCACAUUCCACAAUGUCAGGAUACCUAAAGAAAACAUACUGAAUAUAGCUGGAGAUGUCACAGCUGAGGGGAAGUACUCAAGUUCAAUCAAGGAUGUUAAAGAGCGUUUUAGUGCAGCUCUGGGAUCCUUGUCCACUGGUAGAAUUCUGAUCACGGCACUUUCCACGACCAAUUUAAAGCUUGCCUUAUCAAUAGCCAUUCGCUUCUCAGCAGCUCGCCGUCAGUUUGGACCAACUGAUGAUGAAGAAAUACCUGUUCUUGAGUACCAAACACAGCAAUGGCGUCUCCUUCCUUAUCUGGCUGCCGCAUAUGCCUUAGAUUAUUUCUCCAAAUCCCUGUUUGAGAACUUUGUAGAAUUUUAUGCAGGCUUAUUGACAAAGCAAAGGAGCCAGAGACAGGCUGAUUUGGGACGUGAGAUUCAUGCCUUAUCUGCUGCCAGCAAACCACUGUCUUCUUGGACUGCUCAGCAGGCAGCCCAGGAGUGCCGAGAAGCUUGUGGAGGACAUGGUUACCUUGCCAUGAAUCGUCUGGGUGAAAUCCGAAAUGACAAUGAUCCAAACUGCACAUAUGAGGGAGAUAACAAUGUCCUGCUUCAGCAAACCAGCAGCUACCUAAUGAGCUGGAUGAAUUGCAUAAAAGAUAAAGCUCCUUUUGAAUCCCCUUUUGGAACAAUAAACGUUUUGCAAGACUACCAUCAUAUCCUUGGCUGGAAAUUCACAGCCAUUAGUGUUGAAGAUUGCAUGGACUCCUCAGUUCCUUUAGCAGCAUAUAAAUGGCUGGUUUGCUACCUGCUCCGAGAAAGUGACCUAAAGCUGAGCAAGGAGAAGCAGUCUGGGCGAAGUGAUUUUGAGGCAAAAAACAACUGUCAGGUGUACUACUGUCGAUCAUUAGCCAUUGCUUUUAUUGAACAAACAGUCUUACAAAGAUAUCAUGCCUACACUCAUGAUCCCAACAUACCAUCUACUCUGCAGCCAGUGCUUAAGAAUCUCAGUGCUCUGUAUGGACUCUGGUCUUUAAGUAAACAUCUAGCUGUGCUCUACCAAGGGGGCUAUGCUUCGGGUGAACAAGCUGGUAGAUUUAUUCAGGAUGCUAUUCUGGAGCUCUGCUACAGGUUGAAAGAUGAUGCAGUUGCCCUGGUUGAUGUCUUUGCUCCUCCUGACUUCAUUCUCAACUCUCCCAUUGGUAAAGCUAGUGGAGAGCUGUCCAUCGUUCCCAUGGUGAUCAAGCAAUACAGAAGGCAGCCCAGAUGUUUCUAACCAGACGCUGACCUAACAGAAUGAUUACUUUGGUAACACAGUCUCUACAAAUAAAGGAGGAAGGGCUAGUUCUACAUAUCUAGCCAUUUCAACAAGAGGACUAUAAUCAUCACUGGAAACUUUGUUUCCAUGUCUGUAGAUUUUUGAGGAUUAAAUUAAUGAAAGAGGUCAUGGGAGGGAAGCUCCAAAGGUAACUCUAAGACAAGGAACAUCAUCUGUAAGAAUGUUAAGACUAUCUGUAUUGGCCAAAAGCCCAUUUUCACCCAUUAUUCUGUCUCUAAGAGAAGCUAUGAGCAGAUGCUAUAGGCAGGAAUAUAAAAUACAGUGCAAGUACACAGUGAUACGUUCCUAGAAUACUACCCUCUUUCUAGCAGUCAGCUGGAGAUUUCUUAUCAGCAGCUGUUAAAACUAUCAUGUAAUGGAUUUGGCUAGAUCCUCUUUGGCUAGCUCUUAGCUCACACAAAUACAGAAUCCACAGAGGCUUAUUAAUAUUAGAGAUUAAUAUUAGGAAUAUAAUAUGUGAGACAUGCAGAUAGGACUCUAAACACUACUGACUUCCUCGUGUACUAAAUAUUUGGUAAGGUUUUGGUAAAUUCAUUGAUUCAUAUUGAGAAAAUCAUUUCAAGCAGUGAUAUCCAACCCACGUUUUGCAGAAUUCAGGAAGGUUUUUUGAACUGCCUCUAAGUCUGUGGUUUUCAACUUGUGUAAAUAUUUUCAACUGAAAUUUGAAAAAGGCUGCCAAUCCCUCAUUCAAAGAAAAUACUUAAAAAAGCUCCUUGUCUCCUGGCUGUCUAUAUUUAAUUCUGUAUUCAUUGCUAUCUUUGCAACUUCUGAAAACCAAUGCAAACAUUUUAGUAAAAAUUACAGCAUGGUAAAGAAUUGAUUAUCCAAGCAUAACAAGAAAAUGAAUUUAAUUCAGGAUAACCUAUGUUGUACUGCAGUGGAGUGCUUUGUGCCAUGAGCCACAGAUCAUAAUUGGAGCAGAAGAAAAGUUUCCAAAUUUGUUAUGGGCAGCUUUAAGCACCAAGUAAGAAUUCAGACUCUCUUCAAAAGAAACUUUGAUGGUGUGGGCAUCAUUUCCCCAUAGAAGCUUUGACAAUGUCAAUGUCAGCUUAAGUAUGGAAGUUAUUGCCACAUUUAUUUCAAGAUUAAUUAAAAAUCGUUAGACAAUAUUAAAUCAAACUUGGAAUGGAAUAAAUACUUAACACCAGCCCACAUAAUCAAGGGAAAAAUAUAUUUAAUAUUAAAUAUAUUAUAUUUCAGUAUUUAUUUAAAUCAUCACAAAUACAUAGGGCCAAGCCAUCUUUUCAUGUAGAAGAAAGGCUUUUCACUUUACAUCACUGACUGCUUUUAUACCACAUUCAUAUUGUAUUAUACUGUACUCCAACUUACUGCUGAAAAUACGGCCUUCCUUUCCUCAUAUUUCUAUAAUGUUAUUUAAAGUUUUAAGCUUCAGUUAAUUAUGAACUGCCAAAUAUUGCUAAAAUUAUACUUUCACAGAAUUUACUUCCCAUGUACUUUUUUUAACUGUUCCACAUAAAAUUGCAAAUUGAUGAAGAUGGUGAACUAACAAUCUGCUUAUGAGAGAGGAAUUUCUUAUGCUCAGAUUGAAGAGUUCACAUCUGGGAGAGAAGUUAUGUUACUUUCCAGAAAUGUGUUGAAAUAAAGGUAAAAACAGACAUGCACGAGUGCUUUCAGACACAGUCUUCAGCUUUGGACAUAACAAAGAUUAGCUUAAUAUAACCAUGUUUCCAAAUUUCUACCUUUGAUAAUACAACUCAUUUUAAGUUGAAAACAAGAAAUUAUAAAGGUUACUGGUUUCCUGCUCUUAUGCCAAGGAUGGUCUAAAUGAUUUACACAGAUAUCUGAUGUUUACAGUACUUUGAAAUUUUGUGCUUUAUCUUUGUGUUUAUUCUUGCCUGUACAUAAUUAUUCACAUUUGUUAUCUAGAAAUUCGAUCACAAUCUCAUUUCAACCAGUAAGUUAGAUAAUUUAUCUUGCAGAAGUUUUCUUUAUUUUCUGUAUGAAUUAAUCCUUUUUUGUUAUUAUU